GCUUUUUUUUCCUAUUCUUGCCUAUUCUUGUUCAUUUUUUGUGUGAAGGGGGAUGGAUGCCCAUCUUUACCUCUCGGUCAUUCCCCUGUGUGUGUGCUUCCUUCUGCGAGCUUUGGGAGUGGACGAAGACACAAGCGCAAAGGUCCAAGUGGGAGUCUUUGGGGUGGUCUUUGUGGCCGCGACCCUGGUGACGUUUUUCGACUGGUACUAGACCCGUAACCGCAGAGACGUGCGCCCCCAAAACGGCCACGCGCGCAUGAUAUAAACCGCCUAGAAGGCACACGUUAUCAAUGGGGUGGUGGAUGAUCCUAGCAACUUGCGUCUCUGCCGUGAUACUCACAGUUUACCGCCAUGCCGCGUUUACUUGUCUCCUCGAAUCCUCGCCCAAGCCCAAUGUUCUCUUCAUAGUUGUGGAUGAUCUCCGUCCAGCCCUAGGCAUAUUUGGCGACUCCUUGGCCAAGACGCCGAAUCUCGAUCAACUUGGAGCGCGCAGCUUAGUCUUCACGAAAGCCUUGGCCCAACAAGCUCUCUGUGGACCUUCGCGAACCUCAUUCCUAACCAGCCGAAGGCCAGACCAUACCAAGCUCUACGAUUUCGGGUCUUAUUGGCGAGAUGCAGGGGGCAAUUUUAGCACCUUGCCUCAAUAUUUCAAAGAGAACGGCUAUCAUUGUCACAGCAUCGGGAAAGUCUUUCACCCGGACAUUGUGAGCAAUUUUAGUGAUGACAGUCCCUACAGUUGGAGCCAGACUCCGUAUCAUCCAAGUACUCAGGUGUUCAAGAAUGCUGCAGUUUGCCCGGAUCCCUUGUCAGGAGAGAAGUUUGCCAAUCUUCUAUGUGCCGUGGAUCUCGAAUCUCAACCCGAGGGAACCUUGCCAGACCUGCAGAUUAAAACGGCCGCCAUUGAGUUUUUGGAACGAUGGAAGAGUCAUCCCGAGAAGGAGAACCCGUUCUUUCUAGCCGUUGGAUUGCAUAAACCGCAUGUACCGUACCGAAUCCCAAAAGAAUAUCUUGCACUCCAUCCAUUGGAACAAAUCCCGUUGCCCAAGUAUCCCGAAGUGCCUCCAGACCUUCCUUUGAUAGCCUUUAACCCUUGGGAGUCGCUGCGAAGGCGAGAUGAUAUUGAUCGGCUGAACAUUUCGUUCCCAAUUGGUCGAAUGCCGGAAAGCUAUCAAAGGUUAAUUUUCCAGUAUUACUACGCUUCAGUCACUUACAUAGAUGAUCAAAUCGGACAAAUCCUCGAGAGGUUGGUCCAAUUGGAAUUGAGCCAAAACAUUGUUGUGUCAUUCUUGGGCGAUCACGGAUAUGGCUUGGGAGAAAACAGCGAGUAUGGAAAGUUCUCUAACUUCGAUGUUGCCACGAAAACUCCUUGGAUGCUCCACAACCCCAAGAGUAUGCCAAGGCUAUCCUCUUUCAAAUACGUGAAUCCCUUUUCGAUGAGCAAAGAAGUUCCACAGAAGCCAUUGGUCCCUUACCAAACCCAUUCUACUCCAGUCGAACUCUUGGACGUUUUCCCGACUCUGGUGGCUACCACGGGACUCGAACCAGUGCCUCUUUGCUUAGAGGGCGAAGCUCAGACCAAAAUGCUUUGCACUGAAGGUCAAGUUCGAUUGGGCAAGAAUGUUCCGCUGGCUUUUUGCCAAUAUCCAAGACCGGCGAAGAUACCCGUGAAAAAAUUCGACCAACCCAAACUCGCCACGAUCAAGUUCAUGGGAUAUUCGGUGACGUCAGAGCAUUUCCGUUAUACCCGAUGGUUGCCGUUUGACCAUCACACCUUCUUGGCCAAUUGGUCUCACACUGUGGCACAUGAACUUUAUUUUCACGAUCAAGAUCCAAUUGAGCAUUUCAAUUUGGUCUCUCAUGCGGAAUUCCAGCCAACCGUUCGGCGUUUACAGGACAUUGUCAAAACCAAAUUUGGCUCCCCGUCAUUGAAAACAAAACAAGAGGUCCAAGUUUAAAAAAUAUAAUCAAUCAUUUGUUCGGAG